UCAAUGGGUCAUUGUGGAAUUAACAUCAAAUUACAGCAAUUAGAAAUAUCUACUGAGCAGAGACGACAGCUUGGAGGACCUGACAGUGAGGAAGUGGCGGCGUGGAGUGGCAGCACCGAAGGAGAAGUACAAAGACUCUUCACAAUGGGAGACAGUUUCCAUGAGCAGCUGCAGGUGGACUCUCGGUUCCUCCGGUCCGACAAGCGGCUGGACACUGAACUGGUGGACAAACUCAUCCUGCAGCUAAACCGGAUUUACCCACAGAUCCUGACUGAUAAGGAGGCCCACAGAUUCAGGAAUCUGGACGUGCCCACCUGCAUCCGAUUGGCCGAGCUCUUGACGCACUUGCAGGAGAAAGGGGAGGAGGCGUGUUAUGAGUUCUACAGGGCGCUGCACCUCCACGUGGAGGAGGUGUACUUCAGCCUCCCCACACGAGUCAGCCGGAGAGGCGAACCCAAUGGAUUCCCCCGCAUGCCCCCCCUUAAGGAGAGAUUUGUGAUGAAUGACAGGAGUCCCUGGUUCUUUCUGGGCUGUUUCAGCAUUGCGGUGGGGCUGGCACUGCUGUAUUACUGUGGAGACAGGGAGGUGCUGGGGGACCCCAGGAAGAUGUUGGGGGUCACAUCUCUGGGCCUAGGCCACAAAGCCAAAGAGCUCCUUAUCUCCUACACAGAGGAUGGUAACAGGAAGCCGUAGUUCCCACGGCAAACCUGCUGUCCAACAGGGCUAGCAGCUGGCAGCGGGGGAACACCAAAAUCCCAACAGCAGCUGCAGUGGCCUGGAUGGGACUUUUUAAAUGCAUGUAUAAACUGUACACAUAUGUUUGUUAUUUGUAGUGUAUUGUACGUGUUGAAUAUUGUUUUGGGGCUGUGUCAAUGUACAAGUCUUCCGCUGUUAGCUUCCACUUCUCAGCAGGAGUUUCUUGGCCUCAAACAUACUCGCACGCAACAGCCAAUCAGUGCCUCCAAUUUCGUCCAACCAAAUUAGUGGGCCAAACAUUUUGAAUUGUUCAAAAAGUUAUUGUUGAAUGUAAGUAGGUGGCAGUCGCUUGUGGUGGUGGAGGAUAUCAGAUUACAGAGUCAGUUCUUGGCCUAGGGCAGCAUCUGCCUGGAUGGGCACCAAAUGAAGGGAUGUACAGACCCCACAGACACACAAACCUGCACCCCCCCUCCCCCUCACCCUGGGCUGCCAAAUCACCUAGGGUGGCCGAAAGGCUGGAGCCAUGUCUGCUCUGUUGUAAAAGAGAGUGGGAUUUAUGUUUCAACCUACUCAGUGCAGGUUUCACUUCCAGCAGCAGUUCCACUCAGGUUAUCUCAGGGCAUCACUCACAGGAGUCUUCAGGUUUCACAAGAAUAAACAAUGAAUCGCCACAACAAACAAUGCCGUCACUGCAUCACUGCGCAAGACGUCACCACCACAGUUAAUCAUGUCACCGUCACAGUCAAUGAUGUCACCAUCACAGUAAUGACAUUACCCUCACUAGCUCCACACUAGACUGGCUCCUGGAUGAGCCUCAAGUUUGCACUGUCUCUCACUCUUCCUGCACUGAGCGGGUGGUUCCUGUCUCUGCCUGUCGUCACUGUCACCGUCACAACCAUUUGCCUUUUAUUACUAUUGCUGUCGUUAUGGUUACUGGCAGAUGCCUAUUGAGUUUGGGCAUUUUUUAGUCUUUUUAUGCAAAUGAUGUAAAUAUUUUUCUAUUGAACAGCAGUGUAUUACCUGGGCCUCAAACCGUAACCUUCAGGUCUGUAAUGUGGUGAUCUGGGCCCUACACUAUGAAAUGCACAGGAAUUGGUUACACUACAAUUAUAAAGGUUAGUACUUCAAAAAGGCAGUAUUAUAGGCGAACUGACAUCUUUUUCAUAUUGCCCUAGCAUUAGCAAAGCUGCAUUUCUGUAUUAUAAGGCACAUACAGUGCAGUCAGUGCAGGUACCUAUCUAUCUGAAAUAGCACUGUGUGCUGUGGUCUGAAAGUCAUAGUAGAUGAUUUCAACAUUAGAUUUGGUGAUGGGUAAUUUGCAUAUAUCCUGAUGUUAUAUAAUAAUGUAAUUUGUCACAUUGAUGCUAUGUUCCCAAAGUUUAUGAGCCCACAGCCCACUUCUGUGACCUCACUCUUUUUAAGGUACAGUGUAAUGUAUGUCCAAACAACACCAUAAGUUUGUUUUUUUAACAAAAGUCAGAACUGCAUUCAUAUUGUAAUGUGCAAGUGUAUAACAAUGUGUAUAUCUUUGGAAAGUGGCUAAUAUUAGGGUAAAUCCCCCACUUAAAGCCUGAUGUGAUUGUCUUUAGGGGUUUAGAUUGCAGGUCAGAGUUUUUAGCCUCGUGAUUGUCUAUGAGCAUGCUGGGACUUCUCAACUUCUGUGUCUCUGAUUGAGCCUUUGGGUGCCUUUCAUCAUAAUAUCAUAAUAAAACCAGCUACCAAUCAGUGA